GCUCGGCUCGCGUGGAGGCUGGCCCUGGGGCGCGGUGGUGGCCGGCCGAAGCAUGGCGCAGAGUCAAGAAUCGUCCAUGCCUCCCGGCUCACAGACACUUCUGGACACCCUGCUCCAGAACCUUUAUGACUUCGGGGAGAUGGAAGAUGAAGCAGAACAGAAAAGAUUGAGAAAGAAAAGAGAAAACAAAAAGAAAGAUAUAGGGACUUCAGCAACCUUGGCAGCAGAGGCCAGCCCACCACAGGAAUGUCUUGUCAAAGGCCAGAGGAAGAGCGCUUCCAGCUUCUUUCAGGAACUCAGAGAAGAGGUGCAAUGUGCUUCUGCUGAAGGAAAAUCAAGUGAUUUUCCUUCAGGACUCAAAGGCUCUUGUGUUCUAGGAUCCUGUUCCUCCAGGAAGAACAAAGGGGAACAAGUAGAAGUGGUAGAAUUUCACAGCAGAAAUAAGAAAAGAAAACAGAAGCUAGAUCAAGAUGAGAACACCAAGGACAAAACCAGUAUUGGGAAAGAUGUGGAUAUACAAGAAUUUAACUUAGAAAAGGCUCGUUUGGAAGUACACCGAUUUGGGAUCACUGGUUAUGGAAAAGGAAAGGAAAGAGUUUUGGAGCAGGAACGUGCCAUUAUGCUGGGUGCUAAGGCUCCCAAAAAUAGUUAUGUAAAUUAUAAGGUUUUGCAGGAGCAAAUCAGAGAGAAAAAGGCAGCCAAGGAAGAAGAAAAGAGAACGACCCAGGACACAGAUAUUUUCAAGAAAAAGAAGAGGAAAGGGCAGGAAGACAGGAAAUCCAAAAAGAAGAAAUCAGCUCCUAGUAUUUUGUCAAGUAUUGGACAGGUUGGAAAAUUCAAAAAUGGAACAUUGAUUCUAAGUCAAGUUGACAUCAAGAAAAUUAAUUCUUCUAGAGUGGCAAAAUAAAGUACUUUAUACAAUGAAGAGUAGAAUGGGAAGACUGUAUAAAAACUUAGACCCUCUGCAAGGUUCCACAAUUCUUCUUUUAUAUUUCAUAAACUCGUCUCCAUUUUAGAAAAAAAAUGUCAAAUGGAAGAAAACUUUCUGGUUACUAAAAUGUUUUGUGGUAACUAUGUUGAGUCAGCUUCAGUGUGAAUAGAAAGGAACCUGUUAAAAAGAAUGUUUAAUUAACUGCUCCAAGGCUCACUCAAGUUUCACUUUCAUUGGUGUUUGCUUGUAAUAAGAUUUCCAUCAUUAUGUUAAUAACUUUAAAUUGUCUGUUUAUUGCCUUAAAAAUAAUCUAAUAAUACAGUAUCAAGAAAGAACUAAGGAUAUAAUAAUUUUUCAGUUUCAUAUUAUAAGUAGUUUAAUUUUCUAGACUACCAGUUGUAUGGGCUGGAGCGAUAGCACAGCGGGUAGGGCAUUUGCCUUGCACGCAGCCAACAUGGCCGACCCGAGUUCGAUUUCUCCGCCCCUCUCAGA